AUGGUGAUCUUAACAGCUAGAGAUGAGAAGAGGGGUACUGAAGCUGUUGAAAAUCUCAAAGCUUGUGGGUUAUCUGAUAUUUUUUUUCAUCAACUUGAUGUUACAGACUCUGCUAGUAUUGCUUAUUUAGCAGAUUACAUCAAAAAUAAAUUUGGAAAGCUCAACAUAUUGGUGAACAAUGCAGGGGUCAACGGAGUCAUAAUGGAUGCAGAGUCUUUCACUAGUUUAAAGCUUAAGUUUGGAGAGGCUGAAAUGGCAAAAAAGGUUAUAAAACAAACCUAUGAAACAGCCGAAGGGCGUCUACGAACAAAUUACUACAGGCAUAAACAGCUAUCUCAAGCUCUCAUUCCACUUCUUCGGCUCUCUGGUUCUGCAAGAAUUGUUAAUGUCUUAUCCAGUUUGGGGCAACUAAAGGAUGCUAAAGAGGAUUUAUUAAAGGCUGGUCUGUUCUCUCUACUUGUGUUGUCUCCAAAGCAGCUAUUAAUGGCUACACAAGACAUGAGCUUUAAUAGUGGACACUACACGGAUGAACAAGGUGCAAAAGGUCCUGUAAAGCUAGUUUUGACAGUUGGUGAUGCGCCUUCUGGCCUGUUCUUCUUUCAGAGGGAAAAAACGACCUUUUAG